UAUAUAAGUCUAUAAGUCUCAAUUUUGUAUGUUGAUUAGUUGCUAUUUUGUUGAUGCAAUUAACCUUGAAUUAGUAUUGUAUUCACAUUUAGGUUAUUUAUUUCCUUUAAAUGUAUUUUGCAACAGUAAAGGAUUUUAAACAAUUUGUUAAGAUUUGCAAAGAAAAUUCAGUUAAUAUAAAAUGUUACACGUUAAUUGCAACUUUCAUCGUAUGUCAACUGCAUCUCAAGUUUUAACGAAAUCCAAAGUGUUUCGUUCUAACCUUCAACUGUUUAUACGAUAUAAAUCAGAUAAUGCUAUUGUUACUAUUGGUAACGUUUCAAAAGAAGUGAAAUCACCAAAAAAUCCUGAAUAUGUGCCUAGGAAAUAUUUACUUAAGGCUCAGGAGGAAGAUGCAUCUACGUUAAAACAUUUAAAAUGGAUGCUCCAAAAGGAUAUUCUAUCUCAAGAUAUAUUUUUAAUUGGAGGACCAGGCACAAGGCGUAGAAAAUUAGCUCUUGCUUUUCUUGAACUCACAGAACGUGAAUUAGAAUUCAUUGCACUUUCAAGGGAUACAACUGAAGCAGAUUUAAAACAAAGAAGAGAAAUUAGAAGUGGUACUGCCUAUUAUCAUGACCAAAGUGCUGUGAGGGCAGCGACAAAUGGAAGAGUUCUCAUUAUUGAAGGUGUUGAGAAGGCUGAAAGAAAUGUGCUACCUGUUUUGAAUAACUUAUUAGAAAAUCGUGAAAUGCAUUUAGAAGAUGGAAGGUUUCUUAUUCCUGCAGCACGCUAUGAUAAAUUACUUGAGACACACAGCCAGAAAGAAUUAGAUACUUGGAGACUUGUUAGAGUUAGUGAAGAUUUUAGAGUAAUUGCAUUAGGUUUGCCAUCACCAAGAUAUCCUGGACAUCCACUUGAUCCACCUUUUAGAUCUAGGUUUCAGGCUAGGCAUAUUUCACCUCCAAGUUUUGAAGAACAAUUGAACACUUUAACGAGCCUUGUUAGACACACGGACACCGCGAAAUUAAGGCAACUAUUAUCAUGCGCGCACGCUUUCGUUACACAAGAAGCUAUAUCCUUAGGUCUUCCAGAUUUUCCCCUGGAUACUCUUUCGUCGGCUGCUAUUAUCAUGGAUCAGUGUCCAUAUCUGCCGGUGUUCGAUAUAUUUUACAGAUGUUAUCCCUAUAAAUUGUUUCUGGGGAAGGAGGGUCGAAGUGCCGUCGAAAAUAUACUCGAAACUUUUCACGUUCUGAAUGGAGCACAAGUUUCGAAAGAAAUAAGUGUAAAAAAUAAAAUUGAAGAUAAAAAUUCAAUUAACGUCGGUAUUAAGUAUGCUAACGAAGAAACAGUGUUAACUGUUUCUUGCGGUACUAAACGGACAAACGAAAGUACCAAUAAAAUUAAAUACGUAAAGACGAAUUAUCAGAAUAAUUUAUUGGUAAGCAUGUUGGAAUCGCAUAUCGUAUCUGAUCUUUGUCUAAUUGGUCCAAAGGGUUGUGGCAAAUCAAUAACUGUCCAAACAUUAGCCAAUUUAAUGGGAUAUCAAGUGGAACCAGUAGUAUUGUAUCAGGAUAUGACUUCCAGGGAUUUGAUACAACAACGAACCACAUUAUCUAAUGGCGAUACUGUUUGGAAAAAUUCACCAUUGGUCGAUGCAGCAUUGCAAGGGAAACUGGCUGUACUGGACGGAAUUAAUAGAAUAGAUCCUAGUACUCUGGCUAUAUUGCAUAGAUUGGUUCACGACCGAGAAUUACAGUUGCACGAUGGAAAGAGAUUGAUCAGUGCAGAUCGUUACGACGAGAUAAAAGAGAAGUACAACAGGUCAGAUGAGAACUUGCAAGAUUCUGGAGUAUUACGUAUUCAUCCAUCCUUCAGGAUUAUGGCUUUAGCAGAAUCGCCCGUGAUUAAUACCUCUUCGAGGCAAUGGUUGAACUCUGAACUACUCAGUUUGUUCCUUUUCCAUGAGAUGAGACCGCUUACCAAAUCGGAGGAGCUUCAUAUCAUUCGAUCGAAGUACGGAGAACCUUCAACAGCGUUACAGAACAUCUUAGAAUUGGCACACGUGUUACGAUCCUCUAACGAUCCGACUCUGCAGUCUCUAUCUGGCUUCCUCAGUACAAGACAACUUCUGAGGAUAGCAGGAAGAAUGCACAAAUUCCAAACUGACGAUGCUUAUAGCGCGGUGCAACGAGCUUGUUUGGCUCGUUUCUUGCCGGCGGUUGCGAAACAAGCGCUCCAAGAUUCUUGUGCUCACGUGGGUAUCGUUUCAACAAAAACAGUACCCAACACGAAUAUCAAGUGCACAAUCACGGGAGACACGGUGAAAAUUGGUAACACGGUCGUUGAAAGAUACAAGACGGCAGCUUUAACUAAAGUACCUGAUGUAUUGUUCUAUGACGUGCCUCAGCACGUGGCACUUUUAGAGAAUUUAUUGCAAGACUUUAGCUUAGGACAACAUCUGUUGCUAGUCGGUAAUCAGGGUGUAGGGAAGAAUAAAAUUGUCGACAGACUGUUGCAAUUGUUGAACAAACCACGAGAGUAUAUUCAGCUACACAGGGACACGACUGUUCAAACUUUGACCCUCCAACCAAUGGUUAGAGAUGGAAAAGUGAUGUAUGAAGAUUCGCCACUUGUACAGGCUGUUAAAUUGGGACAUGUCCUUGUUAUUGAUGAAGCAGACAAAGCUCCAACUCAUGUUACUUGCAUUUUAAAAACGUUAGUCGAAUCUGGGGAAAUGAUACUAUCAGAUGGAAGGCGCAUAGUAUCUUCGAGUUCUGAUACACAGGACCCAAAUACAAUAGCACUUCAUCCUGAUUUCAGAAUGAUAGUACUAGCUAACAGACCUGGCUUUCCAUUUUUGGGACAUGAUUUCUUUGGAGCACUGGGUGAUCUGUUCAGCACCCAUGCUGUUGAUAAUCCAACUGUUGAAAAUGAAAUACAACUUUUGAAACAGUAUGGUCCAAACGUAGAUAGAGAAAUAAUAUUGAAAUUAGUAAAAGCUUUUGGAGAGCUUAGAAACAUGGCUGAUCAAGGUUUAGUUUCGUAUCCCUAUUCAACUCGAGAAGUUGUUAAUAUAGUGAAACAUUUAGAGAAAUUUCCUCAGGAAUCGUUAGCUAACGUGGUGCGAAACGUAUUUGAUUUUGAUCGGUAUAGCGAAGAAACUUUUAACACCUUAGUGUCUAUUUUGCAUAAACAUGGAAUCCCUAUUGGAACCAGUCCUACUAAUAUUGCCUUAGCAAAAGAAAUAUCUUUACCGUCGAACAAGAUUUGCGCUACCUGGAAUGUUUCGAAUCAACAACAACUGUUACGUGUUCAGGAAAAAUAUAUUAAGCUUAAAUCGUCGAUCAAAUUGAGACAAAACACUUUGCCCUUAGAUCUCGUCGAAGCUCGAUCGGCAUUAUUCACCGAAUUACAAAGUUAUUGGACUGUACCGCUUGGUAACUCUGGUGUGGUUGCGGCUUUGACGAUAGUUAAAGGUACGAGAGACGAUGGCAAAGAUGAUAAAAUUAAUAUUCUUGCGGAGAAUCCUUUAAAGAUCUUCACUAUGAGCCUGGAAUCAGAUACGAUUCAGGAAACUUUGUUGCCGAGCUUAAUAAGCUAUGAAAGACAUAACAAACCUUUCUACACAAUGGCAAGCGAUAAUAAUCAAAACGUUUUAAUACAUGAAGAGAUUAGUAAUACUUUACUAUUGGUGAAUACCAUUAACAGAACUGUUCAAAAAAUAGAAUUAUUGUCCUUCCUCGACAUGGCUUCAGAUAAAUUAUCAAACGCUUUUCGAACUAACAAUCUUCGAUGGAAGAUGAAAACAGAUUUAAUUCAAUCUCAUAAUCAAAUCGUUUUCUACACACCUAAUUCUAAGAGGAUAGAAGUAAUCGAUUUACAUUCCAUGUGUUCUUACUCGAUUAAUCUACCGUUUGACAUAGAAUCGAUUGUACUUCCAUCUGAAAAGAAGUGGUUGAUUCAAGACACGCGAAGGAACAAAUAUAUUCUAAAAAGAUCAGCAGAUUCGUCUCCCUGUCCGAAUGUUCUACAGGAAUUAGAAGAGAUUAGCAAGGAUAACGUGAAAGUUGGUGCAUUCUUGAGUUGCAGCAAUACUAAUUUGAGCAGUAAUGUGCUUAGCGCAGCGUUGGAACAGAAGAUAGAAUCUCCUAACAGAUUAUUAGCGAAUGAUAAUACAUAUGCAACUAUUGCUGUCGGAUUUCCUGAUUUGGAUAGCUUUAACGAACUUCACUUUUGGCCUAGACCACACCGAAGUAGAAGUUUCACAUCUCCUAUUGUUAUGGAAAAUGGACAGAUUAUUCGAGCAGUUAUACCUGAGGAAGUUCCUGAUGAUGUUCUCCCUAAGACUGGGAAGCAUUUGGGAAUCGUUGGUUAUUUAGAAAUUGUUGAUACUGUAAAUCAUAAGAUGCGUUAUCUACCUAUACCAGAACCAGUAAAUGUAUCAUACGCGACUCAAUUGUUAUAUCCAAACAAUUACCCCUUGUACAUAUCAUCUAAAUCAAAUCAGGAUCUUGUAACCGUGGAUGCAGGUGGAUGUGUGCGCCUUUGGGAGGCAUCUUUAGCGAGUAUCGAGAAAUCACUUGGAGCUUGGAGAAGAAUGAUAGGGGAUGAUAAUGAGAACCUACAAAUUACAAAAGAAAGAUAUUCGGGAUUGGACGUUAGUAGCCCUAAGCAUGGUAAAAUCGACCAGCAAAAUGCACCUCAUGUUGGAGGCAAUACUUGGGCUGGAGGAACUGGAGGAAGAGACACGGCAGGUCUCGGUGGAAAAGGUGGACCUUAUCGUUUAGAUGCAGGUCAUACAGUGCAUCAACUUAGCGAUGAAGAAAAGAAUGCUGUACCGGAACACAUAAAAAAAGCAGCGAUGGAAAUGGGUCGUAAAGCGUUCCAGCAACGCUUAAGAGACAUUAAUAUGAGCGAAUAUGAUCACAAUCUCUACUCUCAGUUCAGUAAUGCUGUUCAAAAGCAGGUUAAAGCGUUAAGGACUAUAAUAGACAGUCUACAGGCGAAAAGUAAAGAGCGUCAGUGGUGCAGGCACCAAACUUCUGGUGAAUUGGAUGACACAAAAUUAAUCGAAGGAUUAACGGGAGAAAGAACGAUUUACCGAAGGAGGGCUGAAAAGGAACCAGAUCCUGGUGCUCCAUUAACGAAACCGAAACGAUUGAAGUUAGUGGUGGACGUAUCAGGUAGUAUGUAUAGGUUUAACGGAUACGAUGGACGCCUCGAUCGAGAAAUGGAAGCCAGUGUUAUGGUAAUGGAAGCGUUUAGCGGAUACGAAGGGAAAUUUCAGUAUGAUAUCGUUGGUCAUUCCGGCGAUGACUAUGAUAUCGUUUUCGUUAAGCACACUCAACCACCGGCGGAUAAUAAGCGUAGAUUGGAAGUGAUAAAGACGAUGCACGCGCACUCGCAGUUUUGCAUGUCCGGUGACAAUACUUUGCAGGCAACCCAGCAAGCAAUCGCGAGCCUUGCAAAAGAAGAUUCUGACGAGUCUAUUGUUGUUGUAUUUUCGGAUGCGAAUUUUGAUCGUUACGGUAUUCGACCUGAGAGUUUUGCAAAAAUUCUCACGUCAAAUCCAAACGUAAAUGCCUUUGCCAUAUUCAUUGGAUCAUUGGGAAAUCAGGCUGUUAGCUUAACGAAGAGAAUGCCUUCGGGACGAGCAUUCGUUUGCAUGGACCUCAAGGAUAUACCUCGAAUAUUGCAACAAAUAUUUGCUGCUUCUUUGUUAAGUACUACGCGAUCCAGUUGAUCCGUAGAUUAUCAGCCAUUUUAUAUAAUUUUAUAAGUAUUUGUAAUAAGCAAGCAAAGAAUGUAUUAUAAUACAUACUUAGUGGAAAUUUAAUGUAUACUAUCACGUUAUUUAA